AUGGCCACGCAGAGCCUGGCUCGGGACCUGCAGGACGAGGCUACCUGCCCCAUCUGCCUCGACCUCUUCUCCGAGCCUGUGUCCCUCGGCUGCGGCCACAACUUCUGCCGAGCCUGCGUCGAUCGCAGCAGGGGCGUCCGGGACGCACCGUUCCCAUGCCCUGAAUGCCGCGAGCCCUGCGUGCCCGGCAGCCUGCGGCCCAACCGGCCUCUUGGGAGGGUGGCUGCAGCUCUUGGGCGCCUCGGGCCGGCACAGGGCCGCGAGGAAUCCUGCGACCUGUGCAAGGAGCAUCUGGAGCCCCUGAAGCUCUUCUGCCACAGUGACCACAGCCUCAUCUGCGUGGUGUGCGACCGCUCCCGAGAGCAUCGAACUCACCGCGUGGUGCCCCUGGAGGAGGCGGCGCAGACCUACCGGGAAGUCUUUCCAAAGAUCCUGCAAGAAUUGAAGAAAGAGAUGAAAAAGGCACUGAAGCUGCAGGCUGAAGGAAAGGAGAGACAGACUACUUACGUGAAGGUGCAAGAGCGGAAGCAGAGGACAGUGUUCCAGUUUAAGAAGUUCCGGAACCUUCUGGCUGAGGAGGAGCUGCUGGUCCUACAGGAGCUGGAGAAGGAAGAGACGGAGAUGAUGGAGGUGUUGAAGGAGGAAGAGCGUGCCCUGACUGGGCAGACCCAUGAUGUGGAGGAGCUUAUCUCAGAACUACAGGAGCGCAUGAUGGUGACCCUGGACCCUGAGAGCGCACACUCCCGCCUCACUGUAUCUAAGGACAAGAGGGCUGUGUUGCAGGACAAGCCCUGGCAUGGCCAAUCCACUGGGGAGGAGCUGUUCGGGAGAUUCCCGAGUGUGCUGGGCUCCGAGCAACUGUCUACUGGCAGACAUUACUGGGAAGUGGAAGUGAGAGAUGGAGGAAGUUGGUUCCUCGGGGUGUGCAAAGAGGAUGCCAACAGGGAAGUCUCUCCCACCUGGACCCCUGACAAUGGGUUCUGGAGCAAGGGAGACCUUAUUCCUACAGGUGUCUUCAGGCCCCAGAAAACACGUUAUCCCCGGAUUGGAGUUUUCCUAGACUACGAGGCUGGAGAGCUUUCUUUCUACAACGUGAAUGAAGAGUACCACAUCUAUACCUUCCCUCAGGCUUGCUUUACUGGACCUCUGCGGCCCAUCUUCAUCACGCCAUCCUGGUGUCAGACCUGUCUGACCAUCUGUUUAAAACAAAGAAACAGUGCCAAAGAUGUCCCCUCUGCUGGUAAAAGGAAGUUUUUGAAAGCAUCUACGAGGAGCUUAUCAAAACCCUCCCUGUUUGUGUUUGGAGAUGCCUCAGCCUCAAAUUCCAAUGUCGCCACAACUGGAUCUCUAUAA